AUUCCGCUUUGAUAUCACAAGCACCAGCCAUGGCAAAUAACAACCUGGUCCUCCUCCUCCUCCUCAUUGUCGCCGCCUCCUUCGCGGCGGCUUCUGCCUCCCGCACCAAGAUCAGCAGCUCGAGGGCCACUCCAACGGUAUACGAGAUGCUGGCGGACUACGACUUCCCGCCGGGCAUCCUCCCCGAGGGCGUGCAGAACUACACCCUCCACGCAGACGGCUCCUUCGACGUGUUCCUCCCGAGCGCGUGCGAGAUCGACGUCUCCAGCUUCAAGCUCCAGUACGAGAGCACGAUCCACGGGAGCAUCAAGAACAUGGUGAUCGACGAGCUGCAGGGGGUGAGCGUGAACGUCGCGGUAACACGGGUAGGCAUCACGGGAGUCGACCGGGACGGCGACGACCUCAAGUUCGACGCCGGCGUGAUAUCCAAGUCGUUCCCCGUCGGCACCUUCGCCGUCAGCCCGUACUGCAGCUGAUCGCUGUCGGAAGUGAAC